UCCCACGCUGAUGAUGAUGAUGCUUAGCCCAAAGGUGACAUACAAGCAGGCUCCUGCAGCAGCAGAAGAGGAGAUGGCUGUGCUUCCUGUUAAUCUAUCCUCCCGUGAUGAUGAUGAUGAUGCUAGCCCAAAGGUGACAUACAAGCAGGCUCCUGUAGCAGCAGAAGAAGAGAUGGCUGUGCUUCCUGUUAAUCUAUCCUCCCAUGGUGAUGGUGAUGAUGCUAGCCCAAAGGUGACAUACAAGCAGGCUCCUGCAGCAGCAGAAGAGGAGAUGGCUGUGCUUCCUGUUAAUCUAUCCUCCCGUGGUGAUGAUGAUGAUGCUAGCCCAAAGGAAUUUACUGUCAGAGGAUCAUCCCUGGUGGAUUAUUCCGACAGUGAUGAAAGCAAUGAGAAUUGUUUAAAUGACCAGCCAUUGGGUCCACACUGUGAUGAAGUUGUUCCAAAGUUGAGAAGGACAAAAAGCAUUCUGAUGAAAACAGUUCCAGAUUUUUCUGAUGAUCUCUACGAUUCAAGUGAUGACGGUACAGAGGGCCCUUCAACUCAGUCCAAGUCUGAGAUGGCUUCACAAAGGUUGCUAGCAUUACAGAGGCACAGGAGUCAGAAGAUGAGGACAGUAUGAUGUCACUGCCAGCCAGCACCUCUGCAGCGUCUGCCCAAAACCAGAGAAGUUCUGCAAAAACUAGAGAAGCCAGGAUGGCAGAAGCCCAGGAAUCAGAAGAUGAGGCAAGCACUGCAUCACUGCAAAAAAGCAUCCCUACAGCGUCUGCCCAAAACCAUAGGAGGAAGUUUGCAAAAAAGAGAAGUAAACAAACUGCUGUUAAAAGAAACUGGACACCAGAAGAAUGUGCUGCAGUACGACGACAUUUAAAGAAAUUCAUUGUGAUGGCGCAAGUCCCAGGGAAGGAGGACUGUCAGCGCUGCAUCACUGCAGAACCUCAAGCUCUGAAGAGCCGAGACUGGAGGGCAGUGAAAUACUUUAUUAAAAAUCGAAUUUCUUCUCUGCGAAGAAAAAUAGAGUGAAAGUGUUUCACUGAACAGGGUAAAAGAUAGGCUAGUAGGAGGAAGUUCUAUAAUAUUUGACAUAGCCCUACUGGAAGCAAAACAAAGCUCAACAAUGUUUUUAUAUUCUCUGAAGUCUCACACAUAUAAAAUAGAUUCUUGCAUUAUAACAUAAACUGAGCUCAGGUGCACCAAUGUCCCACUCAGUCUGGCUGUAUUUAUUCCUGAAAUGAUUUAGGGAAUGUGUUACAGUAGUCAUAAAUUUAACCACUUUAUGUUAAAAUAUGUUUAUAUCAUAAUCUACUUCAUAUAGCUGAGACUGAAGAGGAUCUGAAAACAUGUUUGUGCUCUGUUUUACCUCCGGUAAGGACGUCUCAAAUACUAAAGUACGUCAAAGUCUCCAAUGUUAUCAUGUUUUUAUGUUAUAAUGUUGUGUUUUUAUCAACACAAGGAGCUGUUUUCCUGUUACCAAAGCUCAUUGUAAUACUCAGCACUUGAUUUGCAGCAUUAACAGUUUUCUGCAUACAUGUUAUAAGUUAUUACAUUAUGAGAAAAUUAUAACAUAAACUAAGCAUGCAGCAAUUCUUUUUGUACUUUUUUCUCAAAAUAACAAAACUCUGGCUUACUUUAUAUUAUAACUUUUUAAUAAUGUAGCUUAUUUCAUCAGGCACAUUACGCUGUUGUAAUGUAAUGUGUUUAUUGUUUUGUAGUAUGUUCAGAUUAUAACAAUGAGCUUUUAUUACACUAAAGUAAUUACUUUAUGUGUAGUUAAUUACAUUUUUUAAGUUAAAUACACUAUGUGUAGUUGUUGUUUUAGCCAUUGCCUCCAGUCAUCAUAAGUUGGUUUAGACAGAGCUGUUUUUGUUGUUGACUUUACUCAGACCUUAGUUUGUAUUAUUAACAUUUAAAAUGCAAAUAUUGUCUGACAGUCACUCUGUCUUUAUCCACAAACAACACAUGCUCACUGAAGACAAAAUGUGUUGCAGAGUUCAUUUUAGGGAAUGUUUUCUGUAAAAAAAAUGACCGAUGGUAGUUCCAGAAUGAAAAAUGUUAACCUUAAAUAAGAUAAAGGGGUUUGUUGUCAAGAAAAGUCACCAUACUUUAGAGAGUUUUCAGCGGGUGAUUGUUUUUUAAUCAUCACAUCACUGCUGUGUCUACCUAAUGUGAGGAGAGGAGAUGCAGGAUGUAAAUCUGAAUGUAAACCUCUGCUGCAGCCCUGCAGUUUGUUUGUUAAUAAAAAACAAACUAAAGAAACAA